AUGAUUGACGGCCGAAGCCUCUUGGACAAGCGUAAGUCCAGCGCCUCUUCGUCAAGUCUGUACAUGUAUGGAGGCCUACAAAACAAGACCUGCCUGCUGGCCCCCGAUACCAUCUUCGGCCCUUACGAUGUCGACGGAGAGCUUCAUCGCCAGGAUGUGCGAGAGGGCCAAGAUGGUGUCAACCUGUACCUCAAUCUCGGUUUGAUUGAUUUUGAGACCUGUGAGCCUCUGCCGGAUGCUUGGCUUACCAUCUGGGUAUGUAGCUCUUCAAGUCUUUCUUUCCGGAUUACGCUAGUACCGGCGGCUAAUAGUUUCGAGGCUUGCAAUGCCACUGGCACCUACUCUGGUUACACCGGAAUUAAUCCGGAUACCGUGUCUGUUCUGGAUGGAUGGAGCACCAGGGAGGAUGGAACCACCCAUGACGAGACCUUCUUGCGAGGAAUUUCCAAGACUAACGAGGCCGGAAUUGCUGAGUUCCUCACUAUCUUCCCCGGUUAUUACGAUAAUCGAACCACCCACAUUCAUGCGACUGUGCAGCACAAUGUGACCGGUGAUGACACUAGCUACUCUGUUACCGCUAUUCAGCACAUUGGUCAGCUCUUUUUCCCCGAAGAAUUGAUCAACUCUGUGUACAAGUUGGCUCCCUACCACGCCCUCUUGUCAACUCUGAACAGAACUCUGAACUCCGAAGAUUCAGUGUACAAGAGCGCUAUGACUGACGGAUACUCUGCUAUGAUUUCCACGGAACUUCUAGGUGAGACACUUGCUGAUGGUCUUAUUGGAUAUAUCACCAUUGUUGUCAACAAGAGUGCUGCCGCUAUCGCUACCACUGGUACUCAAGUCAAUGUCCAGGGUUAUCCUCCCACUGUCUCAUUGACCAGUGGUGCCCAAGCUGUGGCCAACACCAACGAUCUUGCUCAGGAAUACCGUGCGAAUGGCAUGAAGAAGGUCUAA